CGCCACAGAGGAAGCACAUGGAAUCCUGGCAGCAGCUGACGCGUGGAAACGCUCUUUUGCUCAUCUUCAUUUUGGGGAUUGGAGGAAGCUUCCAGUCUGGAUACCACAUCACUGGACUGAGUUCUCCUUCACCGUUCAUACAGAGCUUCAUCAACAGUACCUGGUAUGAGAGAUACGCGGCGCCCCCACCUGGACACACCCUCACCACCAUCUGGUCCCUCAUUGUGUCCAUGUACGCCGUGGGGGGGCUCUUUGGUGCCUUCAGUGUCAAGUGCUUCUCGGGCCUGCUGGGAAGGAAAAAAGCGGUCAUCUGCAACAGCGUCAUUGCCAUCGCUGCUUCUUUCGUCAUGUUGACCAGUAAAUGGGCCAAGUCGUAUGAAAUGAUCAUCGUGGCAAGAAUGCUGGCUGGCUACUCAGCAGGUUUGGGAGUAAGCAUCCAUCUCAUUUACCUCGGUGAGAUUUCACCCAGAAAGUUAAGAGGCGUCGUCACCAUGACCUCGGCCACCUUUGGGUCUCUUGGGAAAUUGUCUGCACAGCUUCUUGGACUAAGCGAGAUUCUCGGGCGUGAAGAGCUGUGGAACGUCGUCCUCUGUGUCCCUGCGUGUCUUUCCGUGGUCCAGGUGGUGGUCUUGCCUUUUCUUCCAGAAGCUCCCAGAUAUCUGUUCAUCGAGAAGGGAGAGGACAAGGCCUGCAAAAAAGCUCUCCAGAGUCUGUGGGGCCAAGGUGAUUUCAAGCAGGAGAUGGAGGAGAUGUUGGCUGAGCAGGCGGCCAUCGAGUCGGCCGCUCCAAAAAGUCCUCUGCUGCUCCUGCGGGACCAAAGCGCCCGCUGGCAGCUCAUCACCAUGUCCAUUAUCUACAUCUGCAACCAGCUGUCAGGCAUGUCCAUGAUCAGCACUUUCGCUUUUGACAUCUUUUGGAAGGCAGGAAUCCCGAAAGAUCAGAUCCGCUACAUCACUCUCGGACUUGGAGUAACGGAAAUCAUCACCUCCAUCUCCUGUGGGUUGCUGAUAGAGAACGCGGGAAGGAGGCCGUUGUUCUGGGGCGGGUAUGGCGUCAUGUCUGCCUGCUGGGUGUUAGUGACCGUCAUGCUCAACCUGAAGGAUUGUAGCAGCUGGUGUCCGUACGUCAUCGCCGGGUUGAUCGUCCUCUUCAUUGUCUUCUUCUGCGGAGGACCUGGCGGAGCGUCGGGAACCCUGAACAGCGAGAUAUUCAUCCAGUCCAAUCGGGUGGCUGCGUUUGUCCUGGUGGGGAUCCAGCGCUGGUCCGUCUUAGCCGUGCUGGGUCUGGUCUUCCCUUUUCUUAUCGACGGCCUACACUCGUACUGCUUCGUCCUCUUCGCCUGCAUGUGCCUGCUGGGUUGUCUCUACGUCUUCUUCUUCCUGCCCGAGACAAAAGGGAAGACGCUGCUGGAGAUCGAGGACGACUUCAAGGCCAUCACCCUCUGCGGGAAAUCCUUCCUAGGCCCGAGCAGACUGGAGACCAGGUUUUAG